AUGUCGAAGGGUGAUGGUGAAGCCAUCGCAGUCACAGUUGCAGUGAAUCGGGUAAAAUUAGCCUGCAUUCCGGAUCCGGAGUCCGCUUGGCGGUGGAACGUCGAGUUCGUGGAGGAGCCGUUCUUGCCCACAGUGUCGGAGCUACAGGAGAUGGACGCCGAGGAGACCACGGCCAGAUGGCACUUCUGGGUCUUCGUGAUGCUUUGCAUCGUUGCGGGUACCAUGACGCUCGGCACCGCGCUCUUGAAGUGCGCCCAGAGACAAGGCUACACGACCUUGGAUGGCGGGCCUGUCGCCUUCAAGGGGACGACGCUGAAGGUUCUCCUGGGCCUCUCGCUGACCUGCACGAUGUCGGCGAGCUUUGCGGCCUUGGCCUGGAGCUUUCAGAGCGGCAGGCUCUCCAAAGACACUGGAGUUGAUUGGGAGGUCUACGCCGGCUUGCUCCUGUGCAACGGGCUGGCCAUGGUCCUACAAGCACUCGUGAUGGCGCGUCGCCUCCCUUCGGGCAAACGGUACGGCACCACCGCCUUCGCGCAGGCCUGUGUUGCAGGAAUGGCGCCCAUCCUUUCCGACCAAUACGACACCUUCAAGGACAUCAUGUUCGCAUUCAUCUGCUUUCAGUCCGACAAGGAAGAGAUCCAGAACAUGGGCGUGGCCUGCUUGGCCUACCUUGUGAUCAUCCAUGUCUUCUGCUUCUUCGUGGAGGAUUUGAUCGCGGAGCUGGUGAGCUCACACCUGGCGGUGCUCCUGCUCACUCCUGACGCAGGAGACAGUGUGAAGCCGGGUGAAGAGCUGGUGAUUCUGCUGUACAAACAGCUGACUCCUACGAAAAGGUUUCUCUUACUUCUGGAGAACGUGCCGCAAGCGCUCGGUGCGCUGUUCUACCUGCGGCGCGAGGGCGGAUCCACCGUGGUCGCCGUGCUCAGUCUGGCCAUCCCGGCCAUGCAGGUCCUACUGACCUUUGUCCUUUAUCACCCCGUUCGAGAGCAGGUGGCCGGCUACUACGGCCGGAAGCUGCGGACACUGGUCACGUCCGGAGACGAGCUUCUGGCCCGCCGCAUCUGGCGCGAGGCCGACUUUGAGAAUGACGAGGGCUUGUUUCACAGAUCCCUUCCCUGGAUGCAUCCUGCACGCGACCCCGAGGCCCUGACGCGACUUUCCAAGACGCUGCUUGGAGUAUGGAAGGCCGCCGUGGCUCCGGACGAUGUUGCCCUGGACUUUGAGAAGAUGGACAUCUCCGGAGACCUCCAGGGUUUGGGCAUUGGAGCAUCAGGGCUUGUCCAGGCUCUGUGCACAGUGCUCGAGAAGGGAACCUUCACCGAGUUGAACAUCAGCAGCAACAGCCUCCGGGAUGAGCACAUGAAGGCGCUGUGCGCUGUCCUCGAGAAGUGCGGCUCCCUGAAAGACUUCAACGUAAGCAACAACUCCAUCGGGCCAGAUGGGGCCAAGGCAAUCUGCCGUAUGCUCACGCAGAGCAGCCUCAAGCGCCUGGACGUCUCGGGCAAUGGGAUCGGAGAUGAGGGAAGUGACGCCAUUGCCAAGUGCGUUGAGAGCAAGUCCGACUUUGAGAACCUUGGCCUAGAGUUCAACGACAUCACCGACCAUGGUGUCGAGGCGAAGUGA